AUGGGCGUGGCCGGCCGGGCGCUCCCGCCCCCCGCGGACGGAACCCGGGACCCGGGACCCGGGCUUCUGCCGGCUCCGCCCCUCACCUGGGCGCCGAGCGGGUCGCCGUCCCCACCUGCCCGCCGCGAGCCCAGCGGGACGGUGCGCGCGUGGCCCCCGGAGCCGGAGCGCGGACCCCAGGGCCGCCGGGGCCGCCGGGCGGGGCCGGGAGGCCGCCGCCGCGGCGCUGGCCGCCGCCGCACGGACGCGCCGCCGGGCCUCGCGGGGCCGCGGGCGGAGGGGCCGCGCCGCCGGGACGGCCGGGCUCGCGGGGGCCCGGCGGACGCGGGCGGGCGGGCGGGCGGGCGGGCGAGGCUGGGUCCGGGCGGCGGGGCUCUUCUCCCCGCAGCGCGGCGGACGCGGAUCGCACGCUGGGUCCAGUGGUUCUUAACAGUUCAACAGUUCUGUAGCGCAAUUGUGAAAUGUUUAGGACCACUAGACCCGGCGGGCCUGGCGGCGGCCGCGGCCACGGAGCGCCCCACGCGCGGCCCGGGGGCGGGGGCGCGCGGGGACCGCCCGCGGGGAGCCCGGGGAGCCCGCGGACCCCGCGCCGCGCAGCCCGGGCCAGCCGGGGCCCCGCGCGCCGCGCCCGGCAGAUUCCGAGGCCGGGCCCGGGGCCGAGCGCAGCGGCAGGCGGCCGGGCGUGGCGGCGCCGGGCGCUGGGAAGCGCUGGGAAGGGCUGGGAAGGGCCCGGUUCGGGCGCGCCGGGCCCACGCUCCUGGCGCCCUGCCUGCGCGCAGACGCCACCGCCGCCCUCCUGUGCCCUGGGGGCCCCCCAGCCUCUCGAAACUCCGCCGGCUUCCCGGCCGCGCCCUGGCCGUGGCCGCGCUCCCGGGUGCUGGCGAUGCGGCGGCCGCGCCCUCGGAGCUGGAGUGGGUCAUGGGCUCGCUGGAGGGAGAGCCAGAGCCUUCGCUUCGCAGAGGGCCCGUGGGUGGGUGGGGAGGGAUGGGGCGAGCGCAGGGGCCCAGGGAGAGCGUGUGGAAUGAGUGAAGCGCCCCGAGGGGCAGAAACGGUGGGGAGGAAGUUGGGAGACCACGCCUCAGGUAGGGGAACAGGCCCGCCAGGUAGGUGGACCGGACCUCUUUGGCCAGAGCGUGCCCCUCGCGGCUCGGACUUCCCUCUGCAGGGGGUCCUGGGAGCACCCGCCCGAGAGGUCUCGUGGGAGCCGCGGGAGCCCGCGCGUAAUCUCUGGGUGGGGCCAGUCCGCGAGGCGCUCAGCAAAGUGUCACUCCAUUCCCACCUCCGGCCGGGGCGAGGUCGCUCCUCCCCGAGGAUGAGACUGACCGGCCCGGGGAGGCUGCGCGGCCCGCGGGUCUGGCCCCACCCUCUAGGGAGGAAAGGCCCUUGCCUCCUUGGCUCCGGGUGUAGGGGGGCCACAGGGCAGCCUGGCUGGUGGGUCAGACAGGCCUGGGUUUGAGGCCCCCCAGCGACGCUGGGACCAGCUGGAUGGCUUUGGGCCAGUCACCAGGUCAUAGUGGUGGUGGUGGUUGGGGGGGCGGAUACCAAACCCCUUACAGGGUGGAUGUUGGGACAGGAGAGGUGGUGUGCAGGGAGAGAGCUGUCUGCAGAAGAAUGUGGCCCCAGCCCCUGGCCGCCUUGGGGCAGAGGGUUGCGUUCCCGGGAGGAGGGUCCACCUUCCAGCCAGCACCUUCCCCUUUUGCCCAGCAAACG